UCAAGACCAUCUUGCUCCAGAGCUGGACUAGCAUGUGCAAAAUUUACCACGGGGGUGUCAGGAAUUUCAAUCUUUGCUUCCAAAACAGGCUGGCAGCCUGGGGGCCCAAAGUGGGGAUUUCUUUUUUUGGGUUUAACACGGCACUGAUGGUAUUACCCUCCUUAUUCAAGAGUCCUAUAUCUUUUCAGUAGGACAUCAGCUGGUAUGCGAAGCUCCACAGUGUCACUAGGCUUAAGCCUUGGACAAGGAUGCAAGGAGUCCAUAAGCUAACGCCGCUUCAUUUUGGGGAUUUUUUGGGUGCCACUAGCGAUAGUGGGAAUGCUUGAGCAAAAGUGAACAAGUGCAGGAGAGACGAAAGGUGGGAUUAUGUUGGCUGCAACGUACACAACAGCACUUAUCUUUUUUAUUGUGCAAAGCGUUGGGGCCCUGGCACUUGGUACAACAUGUUGGGAUGAACGCCUAUCUCGGGCAGGGAGAAACAGCAGCUGUUUGGCUUCACAGCCGUUCCUGAUAUUUGGCCACGGUAAAGCCAUUCAUCGGAUGGGCCUCGAUGGCAAGAACCACAGAAGGCUUGUGGCUGGUGUGGGAAGCUCUAUCCUGCUUGAUUACCAUUUCAAAGAGGAGAGUGUUUACUGGGCUGACAAACACACAGGGGUCAUCUACAAAGCAUCGGUGAAAGGAGCACACAGACAGAAACUGUACUCCUUUGACAAACACAUCUCGGGACUUGCAGUGGACUGGAUCUGGAACAGUGUGUAUUGGACAAGUGAAGCAAAGGGAGAAAUAAAGAGAAUGGAUAUAAACGGGAAAAAUGAGAGGACUCUUUUAAGACACUUGAUUCAUCCAAGUUCCAUAACUGUGGACCCCGCUAACAGGUUUUUGUUUUGGCUGUCUGGUGGGUUGACUCCAAGUAUCCAACGGUCUGAUCUAACAGGCCAGAUGAAAAUGACACUAAUUGUAACAGGAGAACAACUCAAAGCCCUGACGAUUGACCGAGAGGCCAAAAGGCUGUUCUGGGUUCAGUUUGGUCUGCAAGGAGAAAGCACAAUUGCCUCUUGCGAUUACAACGGGAAUGUCCUGCACAUCAUGGAUCAGCCACUUCGGUCACAGUCACUUGGAAUAUCACUUUUCCUUGAGCACAUUUACUACACAGAUGCUGCAUCUCGGGCCAUAAAACAAGUAAAUAAGUACACUGGUGGAGAGUCACUGGAUGUUAACAUAAAAAAAAUGGCAAAACCUCCAGUUGACAUCAAGGUGGUACACUCACUCAACCAGCCAAUGGCAGACUCCCCAUCAACAUAUCCAGGUUGUGAUGAACAAAGUGGCAACUGUGUUAACGUGUGCUCCAGUCUAGCAGAGACUGGGCUCUGCCAGUGCAGUGAAGGCUUUGAGCUAAACAAGCAAGGAACCCACUGUGAAGAUGUGAAUGAAUGUGCCCACUGGAACCAUGGCUGCUCUCUUGGUUGUGAAAACAUCCCAGGCUCCUAUUUCUGUACCUGUCCUCAAGGAUACGCCCUGCUACCAGACAGAAAGACAUGCCAAGAGAUCAUACCGUGUGAAGGAAAUAUGACAAAGUGUGGUCAUGGAUGCCUGUUAACAGAAAAUGGAGCUGUGUGUGUUUGCCUUGAGGGGUCUAUACUGCAGGAGGAUGGACAAGCCUGUUCUGGCUGCUCAUCCCCAGAUAGAGGAGGCUGCAGUCAAACCUGCACUCCUGUCACCCCUGGUAGGUGGCAGUGUGGCUGUCUGCCUGGCUACCAGCUCCACCAAGAUGGCCAUCGAUGUAUUGCAACCGCACCACCACCUUAUCUGCUAGUUGCAAAUCUAGUAGAUGUGAGAAGAAUUAACCCUGACGGCAGUGGGGAUCAAACAGUGGUGGAGGAGCCCAGAGGAACAAUCAUAGCUUUGGACUAUGACCCCGUCCAGAACAAUGUGUACUUUGCCAGCACAAGCCAGAAAACAAUUGAGCGAGUUGAUCUGAACGGUGGGUCAAGAGAGGUUCUUAUCUCAGAUGGUUUGGACUCUCCAGAAGGCCUGACAAUUGACUGGGUCCAUCGCAAGAUGUACUGGACAGAUAAAAGCCUGGCAACCAUUGACUGUAGCACCUUAGAUGGUCUGCACAAACAACGCAUCAUCAGCACAGGACUCGAGAAACCGAGAGGAGUUGCUGUUCAUCCACUGGCCAAGAAGUUAUUCUGGACCGACAUAGGGGCCCAGCCUGUGGUGGAAUGCGCCUCCUUGGAAGGGACAGACCGAGCCGUCAUUGCUAGCACCAACCUUGUGUUGCCCACCGGCCUGACCAUCGAUUUCACAGACGACCGUCUGUACUGGUGCGACCAGAGGAGGGGCCUGAUAGAGACUGCUGCUCUGGACGGCUCAGGUCGACAGGUGCUGUUAGAGAACCAAGUAGGUCGCCCUUUUGACCUCGCGGUAUUUGAAGACAGGCUCUGGAUUUCUGAUCGGGAAAAGCUGAGGAGUGUACACAAGUGGACUGGGAAGAAGCUGCAACGGAUUCAUGGCAACAUGAUCCAACCAGGCUCCAUCGUGGUGGUUCAUCCCCUCGCUAAACCAGGGGCAGAUGUUUGUCUUCACCUGAACGGUGGCUGUGCCCAGGUGUGUGAAAGUAAAGUGGGAUAUGCCCACUGCUCCUGUCUGUCACACUACAUCCCGUCAGCGGAUGGAAAAACUUGUUUGCCCGUCGAUGUUUCCAAUGUAACAGCAGAAUCUGGAAAAAGUGAUCUCAAAAACAAGACGUUUAACGAUGCGAAGGCAUCCUCAGAGGAUGAAUUCCACUCAGAUGCAGGCAGUGAGCCAUCGCUCUUUACAGACAAGAUGAUUUCAGACCAGAAUGAGUGUUACUCACUCCGCUGUGAUGUGAAUGCAGAGUGUCUGCUGAAUGCAGGCAGCCCCACCUGUUUAUGUCUAGAGGGCUUCACAGGUGAUGGCCAGCUUUGUGUAGACAUUGAUGAGUGUAAACUGGGCCUGCACAACUGUGACAAAUAUGCAGAAUGCAAAAACAGUGAAGGGAAAUUUCUCUGCAAGUGCCUGGCUGGAUACUAUGGCAACGGGCACUCAUGUCAAGAGCUGGAGACCACAUCUCUGUGGGUGACGCCUGGCAGCCCUGUCGAUGUCACCACCCAGACCAACGGCAGGAAUUCAGUGCAGACCUGUCCCUCCACCCAUGAGACGUACUGCCUUUACCAUGGUGUCUGCUUCUACUUUCCUGAAAUGGAGUCAUAUGCCUGCAAUUGUUUAUCGGGCUACAUAGGGGAGCGCUGUCAGUUCAGUGACCUGGAGUGGUUGGAGCUUCAGCAGGCGGAAAAGGAGAAGAGGAGGAAUGUGGUCAUCGCGACCUGCAUGGUGGUCCUUGUUUCCCUGCUCUCCAUCACUGCCUGUGUCACUUACUGCUAUGGAACAAGAAGACUCUUCCACAAACAGCCCUCAGUGGACAAUAUGAGUGAGACCAGCGUGACGGAUGAGAGUGUGUCACAGAUCACUGCCACCAGCGUUCCUCGGUUCUACAUGGUGGUAGAAAACGGUGCGGAAGGAAAGAUCAUCCCUGCCAUUGGCUGUCCAAGGAGAGCUGUCUGUCCGUCCUGCUCUUCAGAAACAAGUACCAAUGCUUCCUCUGAGGAGGCAGGAACAAUGUUCAGACACAACAAGGGCUAUGAGUGCUCUAUGGUGUCAGCUGUCGCCAUGGUGACAACCCCAUCCACUGUCAAUCACUCGAGUCCAUCAGUGCCUUGUACGUCUUUCAAGCUGACACCAGGCUCCCAGAAUCUCAACUCAGAGUCAUCUCCUUCCUAGCUCACAGAUCAACACAGCUGGACAGAACUGUAACAUCUGGAUUCAAGGUCUAAGAGAAGACUGGAAUGUGACUAGAAUGAUGGUGUAACAACAGAACUUCAUUUUGCAUCGUGAACUCUCUCAAAAAAGAGCAUUUUUGAGAGAAUGUCAUUCUCUCCAAUUACCGCAUGUACGCUGACAACAUAUGUAAACUACCGGUAUAAAGUCUGGACACACUUUCUCAUUCAAUUGAAUGAGAAGGUGUGUCCAAACUUUUGACUGGUGAUGUACAUGUAUAGGACAGCUGUGAUAGAUUCCAGCUACUCCCAUGACCCUAGUGAGGAUAAGUGGUAGUAGAAGAUGAGAUGAGAUGUACAUUUAUGUUUAUUUACAUGAUGUACAUUUCAUUUGUUCCUACAGAGAGUAGAUUUAUAAUACCUGUAUAUUAUUAAAUCAUAAAUAUGCUCAAUACAUGUAUACACAGUCAACUACUUCCUCUGCUUGCUUUUGAAAAGAAACAAAAACAAAAACCAAUCACUAAUACAUUCCAUUACAUUGUCAUGGAUACCCAUCCAUGAAACUACUGUUUGUGUUUAACAUUUAAUCAAUUUGUCCUUAAUUCCAGGCCCUUAAUUCUCAUUUACACAGUCCUGAAUAACUGCGCUUGACCACUGUCUCUAAAAAAAACGUCACUGGUCACAUGAAUUAUUGUCAUUAGGCUACUGGCAGCAAAAAUACUAGCUUACUAAAGUAUAGGCUAUUAUAAUAACUUAUCAUAUCUACUAUAACGCCCCCUGGCCUUGGUGCCUGUAGAGCAAAAGCUGAACUGUUGUCAGGUUUUAUUUUAGUAAAGGGACAUGUUUUGUUUGUAAUCACUUUUUUAUGUACUUUAAGGGUCAACAAUAUUACAGAAUUCAUUUUCAAUGUAUAAUAUUUUGGCUUUCAAGCACAAGCUUUGCCAGGUGAAGCAUUUUAUUCAAGAUUAAAUAUUUGUUAACUUAGCCUAUAUUACAACAGUUACAGUUUGUAACAGCAGCCAUGUCAGAGAUUGACUAAAUUAACCUGAGAACUGUGAUAUGCAAAGUUUAAGUUGUAUUUAUUUUUAUACAAAAAUCUAUAAUGCUACAUUUCUACUUAUGGUAUGUGUAUGCUUUGAGGAAUAAGAUGAGGAUCAGCUGAACUAGGAUGCUGACUGAUUGCUGAGUAAUUCAUUGGAACGGCCUGCCUGGCAUGGAAAGGGAAGGUAUCUUAGUAUUGAUUUCCAUCUAACUCCUUUGUGUUUAUCUCCAAUGCCAAUAUUCAUUUUGAAAGCACAAGCAACUUCCAACUGUGAUCGUGUAUUAUUUUUAGCACGUAUGGGCUAAAACUGGAAUUAGAAUUUUGCUAGAAGAAGCAUGUUUUUUCUUCUUCAAUAAAACUAUAUACACAAAAA